AUGCACGAUCAAUAUAGUAACUCUUACGACGAACAUGGCAAUGCUCAAAACAACUACACAGGCUUUCCACCAGUCUAUAUACCGCCGAAUAACUCGCCUUCUCAAAAUAGUCACUCAGAACCACCUCAUCAAUCAUCGCCGCCUCAAUUGCUAGAAUCCUUCCAACAACAGCAACCAUUUGAGGAAGUGCUGGAAAAUUUUGGUCAGCACAAUUCUCUUGAAUAUCAACAGCUGCAUCAGUUGCAAACAUUUGUGCAACAACAAGUCCCGUCUCAAUACCUAACGCCACAUCCAUAUUCAUUGCAUCUAAUCCAGUCGUCUCAACUCCAAUCGAUGCCCCAAUCGCAGCCAUUGCCUCGAUUGCAAGGUUCCAUUGGUCUUGAUGUCAUGAUUUCUUUCGAGACUCAAUCUCAAUUCUCAGUACAAAGUCAUCCACAAAUGCUCACUGAUUUCUCCUCCGCCUCAAUGCAAAACUUUGAGAUGUCGGCCAUGUCUGAAGUCGAAAACCCUCAACAAGAUAUUGUGCCAAACGCAUUUGAAGCCCAGGCUUUCCCCCACAAUGAUGUGUUGGGUGAAGACACACCCCGGUUGUCUGAAUCGCACUUAGGCAGUACCGAAUUUAUAGAAAAUGGCACAGAAAGUGAUUCGGUAUCUGCUUUUCGAGAUCGUCUUCUUUCACGCAGCUACUUCUUUUUUCGUUGGAGCAGAGACCUGGAACAUCGUGUCUCAAUUCUCACUCUGGAAGCUCUCAAUGACGUACAUAUUGCCAUCGGCCGACUGUGGCCGGCAUUUCCUAUAUCUGACAUUAAAUUGAAAUAUUCGACGUUGACUGAUAUGCAAAAACAAGACUCUUCGAUGGCCCAGAGAACGUUCGAGUAUCGUUUCGAGAAUCGACUCACCCAGCUUCUUCAAUACCUGGGCUGCGACUUGCAUCGGAUUUGCAGUAUCCGUGAAGACCUAAUGUCAAUAUAUAACAAAAGAGUAUCAGAGAUCGCGGAUCGUAUUGGGAUCCAACCUCUGUUAAACCAAAUUUGCUCCACCGGAAAAAAGGUAGUAUUUUUGUGUAGGGCCAGAGGCAACAACAUUGGUAAUAUGUACAAAGGCUAUUUCUAUUUCUCGGUAGAAACGAAGGAACGGAAUCAAGUCCAUGCUCCUCUAAAGAUUCCGAUUUAUAUAUAUGGCAUCUCAGAAACUACUGAUGUGAUGGAUCACGGGGAUGCUUUCGAAGUUGCAGGACAAGUUUCUGAGGACACAAACGAUCAACUGUUGCCAAUGGUGAUGGAACACCUGUCGUGCAAGGCAAAUGACAUGGUUUAUAUAAGGAAACUCGGAUAUCACAGUAGAUGUAUGACACCGGAUGGUAUCUUGCUGGUAGAUAUCCAGGCAGGAGGGAAGAAGCCGCGAGCCUUCUAUUCCAUACAUGAAAUGCGGUACGGAGUCAAUUCACACACGACCUUGACACGUAUUUUGGCAGGCGAUUUGGACGCCCUUUAG